AAGAAAACAGCUGUUGGGGGUUUCUAUGUGACUUGAAAGUCAUAAUAUUAAGAUAGCUCCUUGCAACAGCUUGAGGUUGAGCUGUCGGCUGGAGCUGCUGGGUUCUUCUGCUUUCACAGAGAGACUGGGGUGGUUUUGAUGGGCCGGGAAUGAAGGCGGAGAGGCUGGAUUGCAGCUCUCAGGUAUCAGUGCUUACUGGCUGAGUUAGAGGGAAGGCUCUGGCCAGGCAGCCGUGCAGGAAGCAGAAGACUCCAGAGACAGUGGCAAGUUGCACCCAAUAGGUCUCUGAGGCGGAAGCUGUCAGUUUCGUGAGAGGAGCCACAGAGACCUAGGCUCUGGUGAGAUGACAGGGAAAGAAUAACUGCGGCCUGUGUGAGCAGCCUGACAGACUGAGCAGUAGAGCUGAGGACCCGUGACCUCCACAUCCAGCUGGCCAUGGGACAGUUGGGCUCUGGCCACCAGCCCCUUAGCUGAGGACGCCAUCAAGGGCCCGUCGCCCGUUCUGCAUCAUGGAGGCCGAGAGGACUCUUCCAGCCAGGCGAGCUGCCCUUUGAAAACCGUGGUCCAGUGCUGCUGGUUCUCCCUGCCAGCCACCUUCAAGAGAGGCUCCUGCUCCUGCUGGCCCACGGAUGGGGAGGUGGGCCCUGGACGUCGCCUUUGUGUGGAAGGCAGCGCUGACCCUGGGCCUGGUCCUUCUCUACUACUGCUUCUCCAUAGGAAUCACAUUCUACAACAAAUGGCUGACAAAGGUAGCUGGGCCUCGCCAGCGCAGGUCAUGGUGGCUUUUCCUGGACACUGGUCCCAGGCGGGCUAAACAGAGCUUCCACUUCCCGCUCUUCAUGACCAUGCUGCACCUGGCCGUGAUCUUCCUCUUCUCCGCCCUGUCCAGGGCCCUGGUUCAGUGCUCCAGCCACAGGGCCCGCGUGGUGCUCAGCUGGACCGACUACCUCAGAAGAGUGGCCCCCACAGCACUGGCAACAGCACUUGACGUGGGCCUGUCCAACUGGAGCUUCCUCUACAUCACUGUGUCACUGUACACAAUGACCAAAUCCUCCGCUGUGCUCUUUAUCCUGAUCUUCUCUCUCAUCUUCAAGCUGGAGGAGCUGCGUGCAGCCCUGGUCCUGGUGGUCCUGCUCAUUGCUGGCGGCCUCUUCAUGUUUACCUAUAAGUCCACGCAGUUCAACGUGGAGGGCUUCGCCUUGGUGCUGGGAGCUUCGUUCAUCGGUGGCAUCCGCUGGACCCUUACACAAAUGCUUCUGCAGAAAGCUGAGCUCGGCCUCCAGAACCCCAUUGACACCAUGUUCCACCUGCAGCCGCUCAUGUUCCUAGGACUCUUCCCUCUCUUUGCCAUAUUCGAAGGUCUCCAUUUGUCCACCUCUGAGAAGAUCUUCCGCUUCCAGGACACGGGGCUGCUCCUGUGGGUCCUUGGGAGCCUCCUCCUUGGCGGGGUUCUGGCCUUUGGUCUGGGCUUCUCUGAGUUCCUCUUGGUGUCCAGAACAUCGAGCCUCACGCUCUCCAUCGCUGGCAUUUUUAAGGAAGUCUGCACCCUGCUGUUGGCAGCUCACCUGCUGGGUGACCAGAUCAGCCUCCUGAACUGGCUGGGCUUUGCCCUCUGCCUCUCUGGCAUCUCCCUGCAUGUGGCCCUCAAGGCCCUACAUUCCAGAGGUGAUGGUGGCCCUAAGCCCCUGAAGGGCGUGGGCUCCAGCGCUGACUUGGAGCUGCUACUCCAGAGCAGCCAUCAGGAGGAAGAGGAUGCUGACGAGGAGUAUUUUGUGACCCAGGGGCAACGGUGACCAGCCUGGGAGCAGCAGAAGCAGGCCACUCUACAGUCAGCACUGUCUGGUCUGGCAAAUCUUGACCAGGUCCAGGGGCCCAGCUGGUUCCUCAGAGCAACUGCAAGUGGCAGCCUCAGAGCUACCUGUAAGGGCUCUGAGCUGAGGCUCCUGCUCUUUCCUGUGGAGCUUGGUCCCAAAGAGCGAAUGCCAGGCUCUUCCCCAGGACCUGAGCUGUCAGUGAAGGGAGCCGGUAGCCUGUCUCCACCAUUGCUCUGGCUCUGAGAGCCAGGGUGACCUUAACAGGUCUCAGGUUCGGACUCUGGGGCACCUGGGAAGGAAACAUGGAGAGGCUGGGCCUCAUCACCUGGACAGCAGUUUCCUCGGAGAGUAGAUUUAUUUAUAGUUGAAAUAAUGAUUUCCUUCUGCACAGCCCAAUGUUGCCUUAGGCAUGAGAGCAAGGAGCGCCCUGGAGCCUGGCCUCUCCUCCCUUCCCUGCCUGGGGCCUUGUCCUCUGCCCUGCCUUCUGUAGCUCAGGCUUCUGUUUGUGCCCCAGGCCCCAUCCUUGGGGCCACACCGUGCACCCACUGCAGGAAAUAAAUGAGUGUUUGCUCGGUUA